GGGGCGCGGGGCUAGAGGCGGACGCGCAGGCGGCUCGCUAGCGCCGCACUAUGCUCCCCAGCGCCGUGGCGGCCCACGCCGGCGCGUACUGGGACGUGGUAGCGUCCUCCGCGCUCCUCAACUUCCCCACAGCGCCGGGCUUUGGCAACCUGGGCAAGAGUUUCCUGAUCGAAAACUUGCUGCGGGCUGGGGGCGCCCCGCCGCACGGGCUGCAGCCACCCGCGCACCACGGCCCGGCGUCGACUCUAGUCGCCGCCGCCGCCACUGCCGCGGGCGUGCAGGUCCGGCCCCUGCCGGCCAGCCCCGUUCCCCUCAAGCUGUGCCCUGCGGCGGAACAAGUCAGCCCCGGCGGCGCGCCUUACGGCACGCGUUGGGCUUUUCAAGUGCUCGGCCCCUCGGCGGACGGCGCCAGGCUGCCGGGUCGGGCUGCGGCGGACCGGGAUUGUACCUUCCAGCCUUCCGCCCCAGCAUCUUCCAAACCUUUUUUCCUGAGCGCCCCGCCAUUCUACGCGGCUUGCUGUGGUGGGUCCUGUCGGCGCCCUGCAUCCCCCACUGCUUUUGCAAGAGAAGGGGGUGUGCUGCCUCUCUUGACGCAGGACUCUAACUCCAAAGCUCGGAGGGGUAUUUUAAGACGAGCUGUUUUUUCUGAGGAUCAGAGAAAGGCUCUGGAGAAAAUGUUUCAGAAGCAGAAAUAUAUCAGCAAAACAGACCGAAAGAAACUUGCCCUCAGCUUGGGAUUAAAGGAAUCACAGGUGAAAAUUUGGUUUCAGAACAGAAGAAUGAAGUGGCGGAAUUCCAAAGAGAAGGAAGUGCUUUCCAACAGGUGUGUCCAGGAAGUAGGCCUUCAAGAGGAUCCCCUCUCAAGGUCUGCUCUGGGGCUCCCUUCCCCGUGUCCUUCACUCUGGGAAGUCUCCCAGCAGCACUCGAGUCCCAGAUGGAGGGAGAAUUCGCCAGAACCUUCAGAAAGACUCAUCCAACAGAGUUCAGGGGCAGCGGCCCCAGAAGCAAAGUCACAGCAGGGUGCCUUGUAUUUGUGUUCGGAAGAUGCUGGAGACAAGGGUGUACUUACUGGGGCAGUCUGAAUGGAAGCCUUCCUCUACGUUAAUUUAAAAGGUUGCUUAACUAAUAACAUUUGGACUCUAAAACCAGCUAGCUUGUGCCUCAUCAGUGCCUAAAACAUAAUACCUUUGGAGUGACGCAUGAACUAAUGCUUUAGGAAACCCUCUCCAGUGCUCUCUUGUUUGGCUCCCAGACUCAGGCUUAAUUUGUAAGUGGAGUAGAAUCUCCCAGAAAGUACGAAGGAACUGAAAAGAAUGAGAGUUAUAGUUGGCUCAGUCCGUGCUCUGAGUAUGUGUGUAUAUAUGUGUGUGUCUCUACGUGUGUAUAUAUAUAUAUAAAUACUCAUUGAAAUACAUUAGUAG